GGUGCUGCAUAAUCCAACAUGGCGCAACAGAGCAAUGAGUCUCCGCUAAAAACUCGAAAACGAGCGCAUGGAAGCAAAAAUAGAAAGAAAAGCUGGAAAAAGAUUGACGUGACAGAUGUUGAAGAACAGUUAGAAGACCAGAGACUACAACUACGGACAGGUGGUCUUGUUGCAGAGAAAGCAGAUGAUCAACUGUUUUUUGUGGAUAAGAAAGAUAAAAAAUCAGAUGUACAAGUAAAAAUCAAAUCCAGAUUGAGAUCCAAACCGUAUCGAUGUUAUCCUCAUCUACAUCUUGAUCCCAAAAUACCACCAGCUAGAAGAGUAGCAACACGAAAACCUAAAGACAAAUGCAAGAACAAGAUAGAAAUUGAAGAACUUGAAAAGCAAGGCAUUUACACAAAGUCCAAAAAAAGGAAGUUGGAACAGAUUGCAUUAGACCGACAAAGAAAUGAUGAAGAAAGAAAGAAAAAGAUCACUGACAUUGCUGCCAUAGCAACAUAUGAUUUGUGGGGUGGCAAAGAUCCUCUUGUGGCUGUAGAAGUAAACAAGAAGACACAAGUAGAAGCAAAUGAACAUUACCUCAAAGUUACUAAGAAGACAAGAAAAAAGAUUCCUGCUGACUAUCAUAGAAAGCGUUCAUCAUUACCCGCUGUUGAUGUGAUUCAACCUGGUGGAUCAUAUAAUCCGUCUUACGAUGACCAUCAGAAAUUACUUCGAGCAGCUCUGGACCAGGAACUGGAGCUGAUUGAGAAAUCCAAGAAAGAUGAAAGAAAAAGUCGUGGUUUUACUAAAGUGUUACCGCAGGAAGUACAUAAUGAUUGGCUGGUAGAAAUGUCAGCUGGUCUGUUUGAUGAGGGAGACGAGGAGGAGGAGGUGGAAGAGGAGGACCACAAUGAUGAGGCGAAAGAUACUGAAGUUCUACCUCCAAACGCACCAGUCAGAGCUGAUCAGAAGAAAACGCCAAAGCAAAGAAGGAAGGAAAAGGAAAGAAAAUUACAGGAGAAACUCCUUGUUGCUAAGAGGAAAGAGAAGAGUAAAAUGCAAGAUGUGUAUCGAUUGAGGCGCCUAAAAGCAGAAAUCGCUCAGAAAGAGAAAGUAACAGAAAAGAAGAAGGAAACAAGAUUGAUAAAAAGAAAUGAUUCAACAAAAGUAAAGAAACUCGGACGUCAUAAAUACAUACCACCCAAACUGAAUUACCAAGUGAGUGAGGAACUCACAGGUAAUCUUAGAUUGUUGAAGCCUGAGGGCAGUAUAAUCCAUGAUAGAUAUAAGAGUUUGCAGAGUAGGAAUAUCUUAGAACCUAGAGUUCCUGUGAAGAAAAAGAGAAGAUACAAACUCAAAGUCUAUGAGAAAAGAAGUUACAGAGAUUUCAAAUAAAUAAAUAAAUAAAUAAUUAUGUCAAAUA